UGUACUUUGUGUGUACGGAAUCCGUAGUAAAGAAUCACUGCAUGCUCCGCAUACCGUCUCGUACUCGGUGUACACAGAAACUUGCCCACGGCCACAGCAACGCUGCUUGUUGUGUUCUACACGUUCUCAAACAUUGCAAGGAGAAGAAAGGAUCUGAUGAAGACUGAGUGUCAGCAGAAUGAACAGAACCACCAUGGCCAGAAGAAAUCGCCUCAUUGUGUACAGUGUAUUGUUCAGUAGCUCACUGUUGUUCAUCAUACUUCAACUAAACUAUGUGGACUAUAAACAAUUCUUCAGAGCCAAAUCUAAGACACUAAGAGAGAGUAUGUUUUGGGAAAUAAAUGAGUAUCAGGAAUUGUUGCUCUUACACCCAGAUCGAGAUGAAAGUAACAUUUUAUCAGGCUCUGACUACUUCAGAAAAUCACAAACUACUAGUAGAUCUUAUAGCAAAACCAAGACAAGAAAACAACCAGUUCUGCAAUUGAAAGGUAGCGUUUCGAAAUCAAGAGUGGAAACAAGUGAUGUUCAAACAUUACUGGAGUACAAGAUUCGUGAUAUGCAAAUUGAACAACCCACCAACAAGAAAGUGUCUGGUGACUUGAUGGGAAGCAUUGAGGAGCACUACUUUGAAGCUAUCGUGCCCAAGUUGGAAUCCACAGCAUUGCGUCAAGGCAGGGUUAUGGUUUUGAUUGUAACAAAUAGACGUUCUGGUUCUUCAUUUCUUGGCCAGUUUUUCAAUCAAAAUCCUGACACAUUUUUCCAGUUUGAGCCACUGAAACUGACAGAGUGGAAGAAGGAGGUGUACCCUAAUAUGACUGAUUACCUCCAUCGUCUUGUCAAGUGUGAGUUUAACAAAACGCCUUACUUAGUUGACUUCCUCAAUAUGGAAUCUCUGCAUCGGGCCAGUAGUAGGAUUAUGAUAGAACCUCCAUUAUGCAAUGCUACCUUUAAAUCAGCCAUAUUGCGCUCAAUGGUCAAGAAAAGAUGUCCGCCGCUUCAACUUCUACCAUUGACACAGGCUUGUCGGAAGAAGCAAUACUAUACAGCCAAGUUGAUUAGGCUCUAUAGUAUAUCAUCACUUGAAUCUCUUGCAUAUGACCCAGAAAUCAACUUGAAGAUUAUCCAUCUUGUGCGAGAUCCUCGUGGAACAUACACCUCAAGAUCUAGGCUUAAAAGUAGCAAUAUUUCACUUGAGCUUGGUAAAACAUUGGAUGGUGGCAUAAGCUAUCUGUGCAAACGUAUCAAGCAAAACUUGGAGUUUAUUCGAAGUCAACCUGCUUGGAUCCAAGGAAAGUAUAAAUUAGUCCGAUAUGAGGACAUUGCACACAAUCCCAUGGAGCUUGCACAAGAAAUUUAUGAUUUUACUGGCAUGGGACCUCUGCCAAAUAGCGUUCAGCAGUGGAUACUGAACAACACCAAGAGUAUGGUCAAACCUAGUGAUAAGAGCGCUAACACUUACUACUCAACUUCCAGAGAUGCAUCCAAAGUUUCAGAAGCAUGGAGGUACCAUGUUCCGUAUAAAGUGGCUUUAAGAAUGCAAGACUUAUGCCGGGAGACUUUGAGAGAACUUGGCUAUGUUGAAGUCAAAACUGAGCAAGAACUGUUGGAUAAAAACAAUAGUCUAGUUACUAGGCAUAUUUAAUUGAAGGGGUUCUUAAAGGCUGUGGACUGGUAAUUGUCAAAGAUUAGCCUUCACAGUUGGUGUACAUAUUUCAACUGCAUAAA